AUGGAAAUCUCAAGUGGAAAGUCGCGCUCCCUCUCCGCGGUUCGGCCGCUCUCCGAUUUGUGGAAGAAGCGAGGAUCCGUUUCCACUGAUUGUGCAUCUCUGUCAUCCGCUGAAAACGACGAGAAUGAGCGGCCCUGUUUGAUGGAUGUUGAUGAUAACGAAAUUGUAAGGAUUAUUGUGGUUUUUAUAGAUUUUUGGUUGAUUUUUCUUAUGAAAUUUGUGAUUUUUCAGUGUUUGGUAACUUUGAUAUUAUACUGUUUAAGAAUAUAAAAUUUAACACUCAAAAGAAGAAGCUAAAGCAAAGUAUACUUGAUAUUCUACUUAAUGUUUACGCCAAAUCUGACCUUUCUGUCUGCUAAAGUGACAAAGAUAUAAAUAGUUUCCUCAAAUGUCAUAAUAUACAAAGAAGUUCUUUAGUACACACCAGUACGUCGUUUAUCAGCAACAGUAUCAAUUGAUUUGCCGAAAGGUCCUCAAAAACGCAACUUUCCACCACCGAUCAGAAGAGUUCAUUCUGGUAGGAUGAGUCUGCCAACGUGAGUAGAUUCUGUAAAUUAGUAUUUUACUCGUAUUUUACAAAUUUUAAUUAUUAAUUUGUUUAAUUAGUUCUGUGCUCUUUCGGAGCAAAUUUCUGGAGCAGAACUUUUUGAACAACUUACUUUUUUCAAAAUAAAAAAAAAUUAAUCUUUUCAAAAAUUUAUUUGUAGUUUAGCAUUUUAGGUGUCGUGUAUUUUACUCACAAAUUUAAAAAAAAUUUUAAAAAUAUUUUUUUAAACUUUUUGUUUUCGACCGCAUUUUGCACCAAAAUGUUUUGCAGCUUCUCUUUCGUGCCGCCGUUGUCGCCUUGUACCUUUUUUUAUGUCACAACAAUUUAUUUUCUGACAUAUUUUCUUUGAAAUUCGAGACAAAACCUUGUUCGAAUAAAAAAGUAAUCGUACGACUUGUAGUAUAUAAAAGAGGAAGUUAAAAAUAGAUAAAGUGCAAUGUGUUCGGCAGGUUGCAAUCGAUAUGACAAGAAAACAAAAUAUACGAAAAAAGCUUUUAAAUUGAUGUUGUUGUGUUAGUUGAACAACCUGAUAUUAAUCAGUGACAAUUUUGAAUCAAAGUUGAUAGUGAAGUUGUAGUUUUUACGUUUCAGUAUCAGUAACAACUUUGGUGAAGAUGAACCCUUGGUAUUUCCAAAAGACAUCGCUUGGGAUUGGCCAUUUUGCAACGAAGGUAUCUCUUUUAUAAUGCUAUUUAGUAUAUUAGUUGUAUGAUUUUAAAAUGGAACGAUAACUAUACGUAUUUUACAAAUGACUGUAUUACUAAGGAGUUAAAAAAGUUUUGUCAUCAAUUUAUAUCUACAGUACUCUCUUUAUAUAAGCAACCCGAAGGGACCAACAUUUUGUUUUUACUAUAAGGGGUGUUGCCUUUACAGAGAGACUUUUUAGAGUAAAUUGACUUGGCGGGGCCAAAUUUCUUGUUUACUAUAAAGAGCGAUGUUUUGCUGGACCGGACGGACCGAAACAAAAUUUUUUGCGGACCGGACCGGACCCAAAAUCCUGCGGACCCGGACCGAAGAAAAAGCUCCGGACCGGUCCGGAAGAAAAUUUUUUUAAUUUUAUUAAAACUGCUUUAAAAAUUGCAAAGAAAACAUAUUUUUAAGUGUUUUUAAACGUAGAGAAAGCAGCUUUAGCGCUCUUUGCUUUUUUUAAAAAUAAAAAAUUUUUUUUAAAUAAAAAAAAAUUUUUUGCGGACCGGACCGGACCCAAAAAUUUUGGGUUUGGACCGGACCGGACCCAAAAAUUUGAAGUUUGGACCGGACCGGACCCGAAAAUCGCCGGACCGGACCGGUGAAAAACGCUCCGGACCGGUCCCGGCAAAACACUGAUAAGGAGAGUUGCUUAUACAGAUGGUUCGCUAUAUAGAGAGACCACUGUAUUUGCACGCUAAAAACGAGAAAUUUUUUUUACUUUUUAUUUAAUUUAGUGUUUAAAUAAUUCUGGGCCACCGUUCAAAGCAAAUUUUUGGAGUUAGAGGGUACAAAAUUAUUUGAACCACCUAAUAACAGGACUUAAUAGAUUAGUUUCUUGAUAAGUUUUUAGAAUCUUAUUGAUAAACUGAAUACCAAUAUCAUUCUUAUAAUGUGUCGUUUUCAUAUUUCAAUACUAACUAAAAACUUGAAAGAAAUCUUUAAAAUGUUUACGAACUGCCAUUUUACGUGAUUCCAUCGUAUUUUAUUGCCUCCCACACUAACUUCUGUUUUAUUAUCCGACCACAUGUUUUUAUUUAGGGGUUGCCCGUGGCGUGUUCACAGAGGAGAAGUUCAUGAUAUGUCUGCCAUUCAAUAACGGAGGGACUGGCGAAGGCUACGGUAAUGUAAGUCGUUAUUUUCAUAUUUUUUACUUUAUGCUGGCUUUGCAAUCAUAUAAAUGUUUUACUUUAUGUUGUCGUUGCGAUAAGAUACAUUUUUUACCUAUAUUGUCAUUGCACUAAAGAUGCGUUUUUUCAUUUUGAAAAUAGAAGGUUAUAGCCAGUUUUAUGGCAUAGUUAAUUCUUUGGCCAAAUGGUAGCAUAAUGUGUUAUGAUGUUCAGCAUCUUAGCCUGCAAAAUGACUUUAAAGCUUUUUUUGCUAUGAAAAAUUGACAUAAAGCAAUAUUCAACAAUUUUAAAAUUUUUAGGUACCAACAAUAAAAAAACUAAAGUUUUAAGCUAUAAAUAGCGUUUAAUCUUAAAAUGACAAUGUUUUAGACAAAGAAGUUUGAAAAGAUAUCAGAAUGCAACUUCAGUUGGACUAUUGGGCUUUCGAAUGGAGGUGACUUUGGUACAGGCUUCUGGAGAAUGGAGCUUGAGGUCAUUAGGAAUCUGAAUAUGCUUGCUUUGAUUGUGUCACGGUACGUAUCUUAUAAUAGCUUGUGUUUGUAGCUACAAUUGCUACUUUUACUAGGUUUUCAAGGAUUUUAUGACAAUUUUAUCGCACUGUUUUUAAAAUUUUAAAAAAGCAAAAGAUUUUAAAAUUAAAAAUCAAAACUUUUUUGUAAAGCAUAUUGUACUGAAGAAUCUGUAAACCAUUUCAAAUCCUUGUUUUAGUGACAUUUCCCGAAGCGAAGAAACUUCGAAGCGUUUGAAGCGAGUUCGCAAGGUCUACCGCCUCCCCGACCACUAUGACAUUAGGACCCUAAACACCACCAACUACGACUUUGCCAUUGUUCUGGAAGCUCUACGAAGGCCGUCGCGACGUUCUCGUCGACCCAUCUCUCUGCACCGUGCGGACACUUUCUGUUAA